ACAACAAAAUUUCAUCACUGAUUGCCGGUUCUAUCAACAUACAUUGCGUUUUCCACAAAAAACUAUACAAUCUAUAUAACUAUACGAUGUACGUCACCGCAACGAAUGUCAAAUUCGGCAUUGAACUCUCAUCGAAUGAAUGGCUCAAACAGUAUUUUGUCAGCUGUUGAAAUGGACGUAAUUCGCGUUCCCUUGUCUAUACGCUCAAUUCAUCUGAGAUGAAACUGUACUCGAAUUUCAAAUCAAUUCAACUAACUUUUAACAUUUUCACAAGUUUAAGAUUCAAUUAAUAGUAUGUGAUUUAUUCACAACACAAAAUCAGGCACGAAAAACCCCACAUUAAAAUAGAAAUUAAACAAUUUUUUUCCAAAAAAAACCAAAAUAUUUCAUAAUUGCACUGUGACACAAGAACCAUAAAAUAUGUGUAUGAUUUGCAAUUUUCAAAUGGAAACCAUGUACAGAAUAUAAAAAUUGCAUUUUUCUUUAAAAAGUGUGAAUUAUUAUUUAAAAAAAUGUGUGCAAAACAAGGAUUUUCUCCACAGUUUAUUGAAUAAAUUUCGUUUUUGUAAUAUUCGAUACACGAAAAAGGAGAAAACUAUAAACAAAGUGAAGCGCAUGCGUGCCAUAUAGAUUGCUACGUCAACAGCCAUAUAUCAACAGUCCAUAUUGAAAAUGUCAGCAAAUUGUUACAAUCGAUGCAUGCGAUGGGAACGAUGGCGAACAAUUGGCAUCAUAAUCGGUUGGACGGUAUUUGUGCCGAGUUUUCUUGUACUUAUUUCAAUUUGGAAUUCAAACAUUGAACGUCUUGGCAACAAUAUCGAAAAUAAUUUUCAAUUUUAUGGAUACAAAAAAUAUCAUCUGUACUUUAAACUCUUUUUUGCUCUGGCAAAUUUUUGGGGUGUGGUAUCAUGGAUUUACGGCGUGACUUUUUACAAACCCGUCUGCAUGAUGGCUGCGCUGAUUUGGUAUGCAUUUGUGGAAGUGUCCAUUGCAUACUCCAUAUACAGUGGUGCGAACAAAUUUAAAUUCGAAAGUGAAGUGGCGCUGGUGCCGAUUUUGAUCAUUCCUUACAUCCUUUGCAUUUUCAGCUAUGCAUUUAUUCGAAAAGCCACUGACCAUACACGAAGAAAUGAUACAACCAUUGCGAUGGCAAACCUUCAAUAUGUUACAGUGCAAAGGAUAGAAGAUCCAAAUUCUUAAAAUUUGAAUCCAAAAUCACUCAAAUCAAAACCAAAUGCUCUUGUUAUAUAUAUCAAUUAAAAGAUUAUUUAUAAUAUAUUUUCGCUUACACAUUUUUUGCUUAAAAAAUGCAUUAUUCUUGAUAAAAUUGGAACAUAUUAUUCUCU